UGGGCGCAUCGUAGGAACGCCCCGCGGCAGGCCCGGCAGCCGAGAUGGCGGCUCCGCAACCGUGCUCGGACAGCUCCUGCUGUUCACACCCCGGUGCGGUGCCCGGGGUACAGCAGACGCUGGAGGAGAUGGACUUCGAGAGGGGAAUCUGGUCAGCAGCCCUGAAUGGAGACCUGGGCCGAGUGAAGUAUUUCAUCCAGAAGGCCACGGACCCUAGCCAGCCUGACUCUGCUGGCUACACUGCACUGCAUUAUGCGAGCCGCAAUGGACACUAUGCUGUUUGCCAAUUCCUGCUGGAAAGCGGAGCCAAGUGUGAUGCCCAGACCCACGGGGGGGCCACAGCUCUGCACAGGGCCAGCUACUGUGGCCACACGGAAAUCGCCCGACUGCUGCUCUCCCACGGGUCCAACCGCCUGGUCGAUGACGAUGGCAUGACCAGUCUACACAAGGCUGCAGAAAAGGGUCACGAGGACAUUUUCCUCCUGUUACAACACAGCCCAGCCCUGAAGGCUGUCCGGGAUCGCAAAGCACGCCUAGCAUGUGACCUGCUGCCCUGCAACAGUGGCCUGCGGGACCUGUUGGCCAGCUGAGGCUCCUCCUCCUGUCUCUGGCUGCCCUUGAAGAGUACCCAGACUAGCUCUCCACACCCUGCCUUGCUCAGCAUCAUGCUGCCGGGUGGGGCCGGGGCCAGAAUGCCCAGAAAAGCCCCGCCUGGCCAGUGUGGGAGCCAGAAGGGAGGCUUGGGAGGGCUGAAGACUGUGAGCCUGGACAGGUAAGUGGAGAAAGAGCUAAUAGGAAAGUGUUGGAGUUUGGACAUGGAGUGCCUGAUCCUGGAGGCUGGCCUAGUGACUGGAGGCUGGGACCCCAAGAGGCCGUGGCCCGGGAGAAAUUGAAGUUGGAGGAAGAGAAGAAGAAGAAACUGGAAAGAUUUAACAGCUCCAGACUGACUCUGGACAACAUGAGAGACUUGGAAAACUUGAUUCAAAGACGAAG